GCUUACGUAGAAAUAGACAACGAUCCCAUGACUAGAAUAAUCAGUGGCAAAGAGCCAAGCGAUUCUUUACGAUUGAUAAUUGUCGGGGACACUGGAGGAAUACCCUUCUAUCCAUACUACUCACAUACACAAAAGAAUGUCGCAAGAAUCAUGGAAAUAUUGGCAGAGCAGAGGAAUUUGCAAUACGUGAUAAAUGUUGGUGACAACAUCUAUUUUACUGGGACCUCUUUCGAAGACGUUUAUAAUGGCAGAGGAUUGAAUGUGCCUUGGUUCAUGAUCGCAGGAAAUCACGACCAUUUUGGCAACGUCUUUGCACAAGUUGCCUACACUAAAUAUAGCCGAAAAUGGAUCUUCCCCAAACUCUACUAUAAAUUGUCCUUUUCCCUGAAUGACAUCUCUGUAGACAUUUUGAUGAUUGACACAAUAGUGUUGUGUGGAAACACGGCAGACAUUCAAAAUGGUGCCGCCUUUGAUGUGCUUUUGACCAGAUCACACGUUCCUCAGGGUCCAAAGGAACCGGAGAAAGCAGAAAUGCAAUGGAGAUGGAUCAAUGAGAAUUUGAGCGCAAGCAAGGCAGACUACCUUUUUGUAGUUGGGCACUAUCCCAUCUAUUCCACAUCCUCACAUGGAUCAACACCUUGUCUUAUCAAUAGACUCGAUCCUAUGCUCAAAGCUUAUGGUGUAUCGGCUUACAUUGCUGGACAUGAUCAUAAUCUGCAGGUAAAUCAGUACUUAUAA